AUGUCACAAAGGAACGAAACAUUUGAAGAAUUUUUUUCUAGAUUAAACGGCGUUAAUGGUAAUAGUAUUAGUUCAGCUUCAGAAUUUAUGGGAAAUGUAAAUGAAGCGGUUGGACCUUUCAUACCAUUUAUUGCUAUAAUUGCUACUUUAACAAGGGAAAUAGUAAAAGCAUAUGAGAAUGUACAAUAUAAUAAAAGUACUUGUAGAGUAUUAGUUGAACGAGUUGUAGCUGCGGAAGAUGCAAUUAAAAUAUUCAUGAAACAAAAAGAAGAAAAUAUAGAUCAAUUUCUUACCGAAAAUUAUUAUAAUUCAUUUGAAAGAUAUGUAAAUUGUUUGAAAAAAAUUAAAGAAUUUUGUAAUGAUAUUUCUCAAUUAUCAAAAUUUAAAAAAUUUUUUUCAAGUGAAAGAAUUAAAGAAAUUUUUCAAGAGAUUAUUAGAGAAUUUGAUAGUUGUUCAGCUGAUUUAAAUUUAGCAGUUACUACAAAUACGACUAAAGAUUUGGAAAUUUUACAUUCUGAUAUGAUUGAAAUGAAGAAAUUUUUGGAUAAUGUUGGUGGAGGUAUUACAUCUAUUGAUGAUAAGACCAAAGAAAUUAUCGCAAAUACCAACAAAAUUAAAAUUCAAAAUAAAGAAAUUAUUUUACAAAAUAAAAAAAUUAUCGAAAUUUUACAUUUUACUCCACUAAAUGAAGAAAUUAAUAAUAUUUUUUUAUUAAAUGAAAAAUUAAAUACCGCUGAUGAUGAUGAUCAAGAUUCAAAAAUAGAAGCCAAAAGAAUCAUACCUUCAGAAUUGAGGGAUGCAUCACAACAUGUUAUACGUGAAGGUAGUAGAGUAAUAAUAAAGAAAAAAAUUUAUAAAGAAAUGGAUGUUGCCUGUAAACCUAUUGUUUCUAUGGAUAAUAUUCAAAAAAUUCAAAAACAUCUUGCUAUUUUAGAAAAAUUAAAUAUUUGUCCAUAUAUUAUUCAAUUUCAUGGUUUAUCAAAAAUAUGUGAAGAAAAUGUAAUGGUAUUUGAAUGGGCAGAACAUAAAACUUUGAGGGAUCUUUAUCUAAGUUUCAAAAUCUCAUGGGAGGCAAAGAUUUCUAUUGCGAGAGAUAUCUGUCGUGGUUUAGCUUUUUUGCAUAGUGUAAAUAUUUUACAUCAUAAUUUGAGAUGUGAACAUAUUUUAAUCACAGAUAAUAUGCUUCCUAAAAUUUCAAACUUUGAUUUCGCCCGUGAAUUUAAUGCCGCCACUCAUCCUAUUGAUAAUUUUAAUGAUAUAAUACAUUGGUUAGCUCCUGAGAAAUUGGAAUGCAUUAUAGAUCCUAAAAAAAGAGAUAAUAUUAACAGAUAUACUAUUCAAUGUGAAAUUUUUAGUUUCGGUAUGCUUCUUUGGGAACUUGGAUUUCAAAGAAAACCAUAUGAAGAUAAAACUCUAACAGAAAUAUUAGGUCAUGUUUUAAAAGGAGGGAUAAUUCUAUCAGCUGUUAAUAGAAAGCGAAAUAUAGAUAUUAGGCCGUUACUCAAAAUAUGUCUUCGUGCCUGA